GGGGCCAACAGUAGAAUCUUGGAUUGCUCCAUUGACUUCUAUGGGCCAUUCUCACGCCCGUCCUGGGGACGGUUUGCUCAGUGUUUUCAAGAGAGAAAGCAAAUGAGCAGCGGCAUGCGCCUCUCUUCCCUUUUCAUAUCUCUAUGGCCUUGUCCCUUCCCUGAGGCUGAGGGACAGCCGGACGCGGCCUCCAGGCGAUGCGAACUGAGCGUGCGGAGCCCAUGGAGGAGCGCGACUACUUCGGAGGCAGCGCAGCCGCUGAGUGGGGGGACGACACCGACGGAGGGGUGCAAGACGAUGAAUAUGGCGAAGAGGAUGAUGCUGAUGUCCAGCAGGAAUGUUUGCAGAAAUUUUCCACCCGAGAUUACAUUAUGGAGCCCUCCAUAUUUAAUUCUUUAAAAAGGUAUUUCCAAGCUGGCGGCUCUCCAGAGAAUGUGAUCCAGCUGUUAUCUGAGAAUUAUACUGCUGUAGCUCAGACGGUAAAUCUGUUGGCCGAGUGGCUCAUUCAGACAGGUGUCGAGCCCAUUCAGGUCCAAGAGACAGUGGAAAACCACUUAAAAAGCUUGCUCAUUAAACACUUUGAUCCUCGAAAAGCAGAUUCCAUUUUCACAGAGGAAGGAGAGACUCCAGCAUGGCUUGAACAAAUGAUAGCACAUACUACAUGGCGAGACCUCUUCUACAAACUAGCUGAAGCUCAUCCAGACUGCCUCAUGCUGAACUUUACUGUCAAGCUUAUCUCUGAUGCUGGGUACCAAGGGGAGAUAACCAGUGUAUCGACAGCGUGUCAGCAACUGGAAGUCUUUUCUCGGGUACUACGUACCUCUCUGGCUACUAUCCUAGAUGGUGGGGAAGAAAACCUGGAGAAGAAUCUACCUGAGUUUGCUAAAAUGGUGUGCCACGGUGAACACACAUAUCUCUUUGCCCAAGCUAUAAUGUCCAUACUAGCUCAAGAAGAGCAAGGGGGCUCUGCCGUGCGCAGGAUUGCUCAGGAGGUCCAGCGGUUUGCUCACGAGAAAGGCCAUGAUGCCAGUCAGAUCACUUUAGCUCUAGGAACUGCUGCCUCUUACCCUCGAGCCUGCCAAGCGCUUGGUGCCAUGUUAUCGAAAGGAGCCCUGAACCCGGCAGAUAUCACAGUCCUGCACAAAAUGUUCUCAAGCAUGGAUCCUCCUCCAGUAGAACUGAUUAGAGUUCCUGCUUUCCUGGACCUCUUCAUGCUGUCACUGUUUAAGCCAGGUGCUAAGAUCAAUCAGGACCAUAAACACAAAUAUAUCCAUAUUUUGGCAUAUGCAGCUAGUGUUGUGGAAACAUGGAAAAAGAGCAAGAGAGUGAGCAUAAAUAAAGAUGAACUCAAGUCCACUACAAAAGCAAUUGAAACUGUUCACAAUCUUUGUUGCAAUGAGAAUAAAGGAGCGUCUGAACUUGUGGCAGAACUGAGUACCCUUUACCAGUGCAUCAGGUUUCCAGUUGUAGCAAUGGGGGUACUGAAAUGGGUCGAUUGGACAGUGUCAGAACCCCGAUAUUUCCAGCUUCAGACUGAUCAUACUCCAGUGCACUUGGCAUUAUUGGAUGAGAUCAGCACAUGCCAUCAACUGCUUCAUCCUCUGGUCUUGCAGCUUCUUGUCAAACUCUUUGAGACGGAGCACUCUCAGCUUGAUGUCAUGGAGCAGAUGGAACUUAAAAAAACUCUUCUGGACAGGAUGGUUCACUUGCUCAGUCGAGGAUAUGUCCUUCCAGUAGUUGGCUACAUCCGUAAAUGUCUUGAGAAGCUGGACACAGACAUUUCUCUUAUCAGAUACUUUGUGACUGAGGUGUUGGAUGUGAUUGCUCCUCCAUAUACUUCUGACUUUGUGCAACUUUUUCUUCCAAUCCUGGAGAAUGACAGCAUUGCAGGCACUAUAAAGACCGAAGGCGAGCAUGACCCUGUCACGGAGUUCAUAGCUCACUGCAAAUCAAACUUCAUCAUGGUCAACUGAACCAGAGGAAAGAUGCUCAGUAUUGCUGCCGUCAAUGAUCCCUCCUUUGUGUACUGCAGGACAGGAUAAUGCAAAUUGCACCAAAAGAAGGAAGGAAGAACUGUUUGGGGACUGGUGUUUUCAGGUGAACUAGGAGCUUCACCCUGGCUAGUUUUCAAAAUAUUACUUCUCUAGAACUGAGUUGUUUUCAUGGCUUCAGCUGAAGUUAAUUGUUUUCCCAGCCCCAAAAACCUUGAACCAUUUUGAAGAGCAGCAUGAAGGAUAGCAAAUGCUUGCUUGUGACUUCAGGUGCAGGACCUAAGCUGUUUCUCUAGCAGAACUGAAUCUAAAUGAGGGAACAGGUAGCACUUGUUCCUAGAUAUGUUUUCUUGGGAAAUCCAUUUUCUCGGUGUGUGAUUGAUUACCUUCAGUAUGUAGGGUUGAUUCUGCGUGAAUGGUUUCCAACAGGGAAUGAUCUCUGCACACACACUUUACAUACAAGUGAUAUUUGUGACCAGAAAGGCAGUAUGUGAACAUAUCACACACAUUGUUUGAUUCUUGACCCCUUCUAUAAACAUCUGUAUGUUUGUUUGUCUGAUAUCCUCUCCCCCCCCAAAAAAUUAUAAAUGUCUUUGUGUACCUACGGUACUGAAUGUCAUGGCAGCGGUCAUCCACUUAAUGGCAUAAUUGCUUGUGAAUCAGCCAUUAGUUGUCAGUUGCCAAGAAGUUGCAGUAUUUUUUUUCUCAUCUGCAAAUGUUGUGUAACAUCUAUACAAGUUACUUGUGCAUCACAAAUGUUUACAUAUUACCAGUUCUCUGCAGACCCUGGCAAAGAACCAUUGGUCCUUGGAGUUCUUUAGAGGGAAAAUCUUGACUUUUAUUGAUAAGUUUCAUGACUGUGUGAAAAUAUAGCUUUUGUUUAAAUUGCCCUCAGUGCAUAGAGUCAGCAUAGCACUAUGUUGAUUUUACCUGUAGGAUGAAAACAGCUCAAAGUAGGAUAACAGAUAUUUUUAAAUAAAUUUACUUUUGGUUAAAGAAU